UCCUCACGUUACAACAUUUUUAUCCAAAUUGUAGCAACUGGGCGUAGCCCACAACCCAGCUUGGAUUCCGUCAAUUAAAAUAUUUUAAAUUAAGAAAAAUCAGAAAAAACAAAAAAUUAUUGUAAUCACUGUCUGCAAUUAUUUACCAGUGCCAUCUGAGCAAUUGCAUUAUGUGAAAUUUCCUAUGUCUUCUCGCCUUCCAAACAGCAAAGCGAGGAAAAUAACUAUUCUCCUUCUCCACGGGAAAUCGUCGUCUGGAAAGUUAUUGAAGGAGGGAACUUGUUUUCAGGUUUUUCCUUUCCCAGAAAAUGUGCGAGCCGGAGGAAGACAAUGCGUGUCCGUUCCCGCCCAAACAACUACAGCCACAACACCAGGGAAUAAUGGAUUUCGAUGAUCUGGACCUCCAGAGUUCCUGGCCGUUUGAUCAGUUGACUUUCCUUUCUAACCCCACCUCUCCUUUCGUCACCUCCUCUUCUUCUGAGCAGCCUUGUUCUCCUCUAUGGGCUUUCUCUGAUGAUGAUAAGCUUGGGUCUGCCGCUGCCGCUGGUUACAAUCUUUUCGUCACGUGUACUCCGAAUCCAGUAAAUGAAAAUGCAAAGGAGGAGAAUGAUAAUAGAGGGUUGCCAUCUCUAUUUCUGGGAUUGCUGCCCCUUGAGAACCCAGAUAGUUAUUGUGUAAUUAAAGAGAGGAUGACUCGGGCGUUGCGUUACUUCAAGGAAUCAACUGAACAACAUGUUCUAGCACAGGUUUGGGCACCUGUAAAGGAUGGGGGUCGAUAUGUGCUAACAACAUUGGGGCAACCCUUCGUCCUUGAUCCGCAUAGCAGUGGAUUGCAUCAGUAUAGGAUGGUUUCUUUGAUGUACAUGUUUUCUGUGGACGGAGAGAGUGAUGUACAGCUUGGACUUCCUGGCCGUGUUUUCCGGCAAAAAUUGCCAGAAUGGACUCCAAAUGUACAGUAUUAUUCCAGCAGAGAGUAUUCUCGGCUUAAUCAUGCUCUGCAUUACAAUGUUCAGGGAACUUUGGCAUUGCCAAUCUUUGAACCUUCUGGACAGUCUUGUGUGGGUGUACUUGAACUCAUAAUGACAUCACAGAAGAUUAACUAUGCACCAGAGGUUGAUAAAGUAUGCAAAGCACUUGAGGCAGUGAAUCUAAAAAGCUCAGAAAUACUGGGUUACCCAAGCACCCAGAUUUGCAAUGAAAGUCGCCAAAAUGCGCUGGCAGAAAUUUUGGAGAUUUUGACAGUGGUCUGUGAAACGCACAAACUACCUUUGGCUCAGACCUGGGUCCCCUGCAGGCAUCGCAAGGUUUUGGUCCAUGGUGGUGGUCUAAAGAAAAGCUGUACAAGCUUUGAUGGUAGCUGCAUGGGACAAGUCUGCAUGUCAACAACUGAUGUGGCUUUUUAUGUUGUAGAUGCUCACAUGUGGGGUUUUCGGGAUGCUUGUCUUGAGCAUCACCUACAGAAGGGUCAAGGGGUUGCUGGGAGGGCAUUUUUAUCACUCAACUCAUGCUUUUGUUCAGACAUCACCCAGUUCUGCAAAACUGAGUAUCCCUUAGUACACUAUGCUCGUAUGUUUAAAUUAACCAGCUGUUUUGCAAUCUGCUUACGGAGUACUUAUACAAGAGAUGAUGAUUAUGUUCUCGAAUUCUUUUUGCCCCCUGCUAUUGCCGACUGCAAUGAACAACAUGCGUUAUUGGGUUCCAUAUUGACAACAAUGAAGCAGCAUUUCCAAAGUCUUAUGGUUGCUUCUGGAGCUGAAUUGGAAGAGGAUGAAGGAUCUAUUGAAAUCAUUGGAGCUUCUUCAGAAGAGAGAUUCGUUACAAGACUAGAAUGUAUUCCAAUACCUCCACCUGUGAAGUCACCACCUAAGAAUAACACCUCACCCAAUAAAGGAGAAUUGCAAUUAGAUUCUUCAAAGCAACAAUUAACUGUGAAUUUUGACCCUUCAGCUCAUGGAGGAAGGGUUGUCGCUAGCGGAAGCCACAAUCUUGAUUGUCCUCUACAGAAUAAAGACUUGAAGAAACCAGAGAGAAAGCGUGGGAAAACUGAGAAAUCAAUUAGUUUGGAGGUGCUCCAACAGUAUUUUACAGGGAGUCUCAAAAAUGCUGCAAAAAGCCUUGGUGUUUGUCCAACUACAAUGAAGCGCAUCUGCAGGCAGCAUGGGAUCUCGCGGUGGCCAUCUCGUAAGAUCAACAAAGUCAACCGUUCCCUCACUAAGCUAAAACAUGUUAUCGAAUCUGUACAUGGUACUGAUGGAGCAUUUGGUUUAACUUCGCUUGCCAAUAGUCCGCUACCUGUUGGUGUUGGUUCUAUUUCAUGGCCAACAGGUUUGAACGGGUCCAAUCAACAAAACUCACCAAACUCUAGACCUUUUGAGCAUAAAGGUGAGAAAAAUGAUUCACCAACUUGUUUGACACCACAAAGUAAUGGACAAGUUGUAGUGGAAGAUCAGUUGCUGGGAGGGACGACACUGAGCCCAGAACCUUUCCCUCAGCAAAAUGGGCUUUCAUCACACUUUGAUAAAGGGGUAAAAAGAUCCAGAAGAGGGAGUACCUCAAGAGAAGAGAGUGCUGGGACACCAAUUUCUUAUAGUUCAUGCCAAGGUAGCCUUGGAAUUGAAAAUGCUGCUACUAAGGCUUCGUUCGGUUCCAUCCAUGACCAAUGCCUUAAAGCACAUGGGUCUCCUGAGUUGGCCUUUCAACAACUUUUAGGGGAACCAAAUAUAUCAGCCAUGUUCUCAAUGCCUAAAGUCCUUGUGGCAGCAGAACUUGAAGAACCUAUUGGAGGUAUGCUAGUGGAGGCUGCUGGAAGUUCAAAAGACUUAAGAAACCUAUGUCCAAUAGCAGAUAUUGGGGUUAAUGAGCAAUUUCCAGAAUCUAGUUGGACACCACCGCCAUGUUCUGAUCUGGCUCUUAAGCAAGCCAUGUCCACCUUUACCCAGCCAACACCCCGUGUAACAGCUAGAGAGGAAACGAAGAGUGUGACCAUCAAGGCUACUUACAGAGAAGAUAUUAUCAGAUUUCGGAUCUCCAUGAGUUCUGGCAUUUUGGAACUGAAAGAGGAAGUAGCCAAUAGGCUGAAGCUAGAGGUGGGUGCUUGCGACAUAAAGUAUUUGGAUGACGAUAAUGAAUGGGUUUUGAUGGCAUGUGAUGCCGACCUUGAGGAAUGUAUUGAUGUUUCAAGAUCAUCAGGCAACAAUAUCAUUAGAUUGUGUAUUCAUGACACCAUGGCCAAUCUAGAGAGUUCUUGUGAGAGCACAGGAGAGUUAUAAUUAGGUUGUAGAUAUAUUUGUUAGUGCAAUUCUCACUCAUAGAAUUAUAGAAGAGUGAAAGUGCAGAUUUUGGUUUCAAGAGCUUUCUCAAUUGUAAGAAACUUCUUUUUAUGAUAGGAGGCUUAAUUGUAACUUUAACCAACCAAUUCAUUCUGAAUAUAUGACAAUUUGGAUCUAAA